UCCAUGUUGAUCAGGCUGCAGCAGACAGGAAGUCAGCAUCAGCUGUUCAGUCUGGUUCUCUUUGUUUCAUUUGUUUGAGUUUGAAGGACUGAUUUAAAUCAGGACUUUCAGCGUGUAUAGUGCCAGCAUAUCUCCACCAGACUCCAUAUUCUAACCUGAGUCCCGUCUGAGCCCGGUCUGGUCACCAUGUCGGCGCUGAAGCCCGGCUCGUGUCUGCGUUCUCUGGUCCUGACCCCCCAGAGAGUCCCGAGCUUCAUCAUCCCGUCACGGCUCGGCCGCCGCUCGCCAGACCGGACCCGGCUGCUGUCUGACGCCGAGGACCGGCCCGCGGCGAGUCCUUCUGGCUUCGUGGUCCGGGCCAGAACCCCCCGAGGGGCGCCGCGGGCCCCCCACGCCGACACGGACCGGACCACGCACGCCGCCAUGACGUUGGCGCACGUCGCCAAGGUGACCACGCCCUACGGCUUCGGGGCCGUGCUGGCCGAGAGCCCCUGCACCCGCCGGAGGGAGUCCCUGUUUCACCGGACCAGACCACCAGCACAGGACCGGGACCAGGACCGGGACCGGGACCGGGACCAGGACCAGGACCCCACCACUCUGACCAUGCACCUCACCGCACAGGACCCAUGGACCCCUCCUGGUCCUGGUCCUGGUCCUGGUCCAGGUCCUGGUCGGUCCCGGGUCAGAGCCUUCGGUCUGCAGGUGAUGAAGGAGCUGAAGAGACCAGCGGCUGCUCUGAAGGAGGCACUGAGUCCCGGCCGCAGGGGGACACGCCCCCUGUGAUGUCACCACUAUGAGGACACGCCCCCUGUGAUGUCACCACCAUGAGGACACGCCCUCUGAUGACCUCACUGUCUGGAAACUCCUGUUCUGUCAGAUUCUUGUAUUUGUAGAUUGCUUUUUAACUUUAAUAUUUUAAUAAAGUUUGUUUUUGACCUUCA